AUGCAACUCUGGAGGGUCGUCCAUGAUGGAGAUCUCUGGCUUGUGCCGUCUGGGCAUUCGACGGGCUGGAAGGCAGCUCUCGGGAUCUGGGUCGGGCUAGGGCUAGUCCGCACCUGGUUCCUCGUCUGUUGGGCCUUCGCCGUCGCACGGUCAUACUCGCCAAGAUCGCGGAUGUGUGGGCGCACAUCCAUCCAUCAGUCCGACUUCAUCUUUUGGGGUGAUCCGAUGCGUCCACUUCGAUUUCCCGACAAUGCAAGACGAUUUCGGAAGUGCAGGGGCGCCUGUCGCGCUCGCGACGAACUCCUGUCCGACCGGGUCUACCAUUGCUCGUAUUUCGAAGCUUUACACAAGAAAGGAAAAAGAGAUGGUGCGGAUGUACACCUGGCUCUGUACGACCAUUUCUGCGGUUGGCUUCGCGUCUGUGUCUGGCUGGACACGAUCAAGUCAUACCUGCUCACCAUCUUCUUUCUCUUUUUGGACGCCAUCAUCGUGAUGAUCAUUUCCUUCAUCGCCAUUUCUCGCCAUGGUAGCUCGUCCGUCUUGGCUCAUGCGCCGGCGGUGACUAGGGCCGUCGCCGUCGCCAUCUUCCUUGCGGGCAGCAACCUCUGGCUCAAGGGUCGAGAUUUGGCUUUGCGGAAUGUCACGAUAUCGGAGAAACACCAGUUACGUCAAGUCGCCGGAGUGCGAGGUGGCUUUUGGUUCGCGCUUUUGCCCGACCGCCCCGAGCACGACCCCGACUUUCAGCAUUUUCGCGGUAACCCCUGGGAUCUAGGCUGGCAACGGAAUCUCUCCCAAGUAUUUGGUGAGAGCCUCUGGGAUUGCUUGCUGCCGUGGACUCAGCCGCCCAGAGUCCGUUACUAUGCCGACUAUCGCCAUGUUACCGACUUCGAAAUGUCUGACGUUUUCUGGGAGUGGGUUCGAGACAAGAAGGAGAACCGGUUCCGUACUGCUGGAUCGGGAUCAGCUGUUUCUGGACAACAGCGGGAGGCGGAUGCAGCGGGCACAUCGAUCGGCGCUGGGACAUCGAUUGUCGCCUUCUCGCCUGUGUCGUCUCCGCGGUCUCUCUCUUCGAACGUCCACCCACGACUUCAAUCACCCCAACGUACCCCACAGGAAAUUCCUCUCCCCCCAUCUCCUUCGGAGCUCUGA